AUGUGUUAUCCCGAGAAGCUGAAACUGCUUCACAAUGAGAAUUGCGGCUCACAGCUGACCACGAACGGCAUACAUUAUCUCGCGAGUCCGAAACCUACACUGAGAGCUGAUCGCGAACGGCAUGUACUAUUCCGUGAGUCUGAAACCUUCACUGAGAGGGAAUUACGUCUCACAGCUGAUCGCGAACGACAUGUACUAUCCCGUGAGACCAAAACCUACACUGAGAGGAAAUUACGUCUCACAGCUGACCGCGAACGGCAUACAUUAUCUCGCGAGUCCGAAACCUACACUGAGAGGGAAUUACGUCUCACAGCUGAUCGCGAACUUCAUAUUUUAUCUCGAGAAUCUGAAACUUUUACUCAAUAUGAAGACCGUUUGACAAAUGAUAAGGUACACCAUAAUAUUAUUCGAUCUCUUGAAAAUGAACAUGAGAAAGAACAACGACUAGAGUCGGGACGCGAAUAUUACAAUUCUUUGAGACAAGAACGAUUAAUAAGUUUGUCUAAUGAAAGAUUAAGAAUUGAAAAUAUUCGGUCUUUUGAAACGGAUGAACAGCGAGAGGCCCUUCUUACUGCAGACAGAUUUCGACAUAGUCUUAAUGACUUAUAUGUACACAUAGAAGAUCAAUCUACAAAUUCGCAAACAAGACAAGACAAGACAAAUAUAAAAGUGGGUUUGCUUAUAACCUCACAAUUGAUUACAGAUCAUCUUCUGUAA